GGAGCUUUUAAGGAGAUUCUGAUUAGGGUUGAGGCGGCUGAUGGUGGUGAGUGGCCAUCGCGAUGCAGCGUGGUGGCUUGCGCCGGAUUAGAAAGAGGAGCAAGAGGAAAUGGAGGACCAUGCCGAGAAGGUGAAGACGCUCACCACGAAACCUUCGAACGAGGACUUGCUCAUCCUCUAUGGACUCUACAAGCAAGCCACGAUCGGGCCAGUGAACACCAGUGCAAAAGCAGUUUAAAGACAAGGGGAAACGUUCCUGCUCUCCUACCAAAUGCUAUGAUGCUCGGGCUUUCUUCGUCUGACCUCUACCAUUCUCAGAUUGUUUAAGGCUUCUCUCCUACAUGGAAAACUGGAGUUUGCUUCUCGAGAAGGUGACUACGAGCAAAGAGCUGAAAUGCCACUUUGGAAGAAAAAUUGAUCUAGGCUGCCAUCCCAUAAUCUAAUGCCACUCUCAAAGUUAAUCCUUAGUCAAAGUUACUGAAAUUAACCAAGUAAAAAUAAAUUAGACCAUCUCCAAUGUGUUCCUCUAAUUUUUCCUCUAAAAUAGAGGAACUCUAAAAUAGAGGUGCACUUCUCUCCAAUGUGUUCUUCUAUUUUUUCCUCUAAAAAAGAAUAUUUUAAGAAUAUUUUCUGUAUAAUUUGUUAUUAACACAUUCUUUUCAUAAAUUAACCUCAUUUAUAUUAUUGUUUACAAAAAUUUCUAUAAAUAAUAAAAAUAUAUUAAAAUUAAA